UGCAGUCAUCUGACACCGAGCCUCCGUUAAUUCUCCGUUAACUCUCCGGUAACUGUCCGGUAACCUUCCAGCUCGCGCUCCAGCUCGUGAUGGCAGGCCGCGGGAAACUGAUCGCCGUUAUCGGUGAUGAAGACACGUGCACCGGAUUCCUGCUCGGUGGGAUCGGUGAACUCAACAAGAACCGGAAACCCAAUUUUCUGGUCGUGGAGAAGGACACGAGCGUCACGGAGAUCGAGGAGACGUUCAAGAGCUUCCUGGCCCGUAACGACAUCGGGAUCAUCCUGAUCAACCAGUUCAUCGCGGAGAUGAUUCGUCACGCCAUCGACGCUCACAUGCAGUCGAUCCCCGCCGUGCUGGAGAUCCCGUCCAAGGAGCAUCCCUACGACGCCUCCAAGGACUCCAUCCUGCGCCGCGCCAAGGGCAUGUUCUCCGCCGAGGACUUCCGCUGAUACACACACACACACACACACACACACACACACACA